AUGACUAGUCAGCAACCGAAAAUAACUACUAUGUUUGUAAAAAAAAGAGCCAGAUCUCCUGACUGUGAUUCUGAAAAUAAAAAGUUAAAACGGAACGAAUCAACAGAUUUUAGUUCAUAUUUACCAGAUAGCCCAAAUUCGUUGUCGGAUGAAAAUGAAAUAUGUGAUAAUGAAAUUAAAAAUAAAGCUUUAAUAAAUGUCAGUGUUACUCAUGAAACCGUUGAAAGAACAGAUGAAAACCAAAAUUUUAGUGUUAAUAAAACAGAAAGUGAAUAUGAAACCCCUAAAUCUGACAAUGAAAAGAGAAAAGAUCCAGAUAUGGAAAAAUGUGAUAUUUGUGGACAAUUCCUUAAUAAUUCUGACAUAAUUUAUUAUCAAGGACACCCACAAAAUGCUGUGGAAGAAUUUGUUGCACUGACCAAUGAAAAAUUACUCCUUAUCUCUGGUGAAGAAGGAGAUAUAAUGGAACGUCCACAAACAAACAUAACAGGAUUUUCAAUAUUUGAUCAACAUGGUCACCUAGUGCCCAUUGAUGGAGGUCUUGUUGAAAGUGAUGUACGCAUUUAUAUGUCUGGAUACUUAAAGUCUAUAUGUUCAGAUUGCCCUGAUAUUGAUGAAGAUUGCAUUCCAGUUAAAGACAUUGGACCUAUUAUUGAAUGGUUUAUUCAUGGUUUUGAUGGCGGUAGUAGAAACUGUGUGACUUUAUCAACUGAAUUUGGUGAAUAUAAUUUGCUUAGGCCCAGCAAUGAAUAUAUGCCUUUAAUGAAUAACUUAUAUGAAAAGAUCUGGUUGAGCAAGGUUGUAAUAGAGUAUAUUGAAGAAAAUGAUUACAUGCAGCCGGCGUAUGAGGAUUUGUUAUCUGUGGUUCGCCAAUCCAAAAUUCCUGAUUUAAACGAUUUAAUGAUGUCGGAAGAAAUGUUACACAAACAUGCACAAUUUGUAUGUGAUCAAGUGGUUAGCUUAGAGACUGACGAAGACAGUGAACCACUGAUUACAUUACCUUGUAUGAGGGAGUUAGUAAAGUUAAUGGGAAUUAAAUUUGGAAAAAGGAGAAUUCGAGCUAAAAUAGAUUACAAGAAGGUAGAUAAAAAGGCAUGGACUAAAGCUACUACUACACCGUUGGUUCAAAAGACAUUUGAGAGUUUCUUCUCAAACCAGUUGGACAAAACCAAUUAUGAAUUAGUAUUGAGACGGAAAAGAUGUGGCGUUUGUGAAGCCUGUCAGCUUCCAGACUGCGGGGAGUGCAAUCAUUGCAGAGCCAUGCUUAAAUUCGGAGGACACGGGCGGACAAAGCAAGCCUGUAUAAGACGUCGCUGUCCCAACAUGGCCGUUCAACAAGCAGACGAUUCAGAUCCUGAUGAAGAUGACGACGGCCCUCAAGUGACUGACAAAUUAAAAAGCAAGAUUGAAGAUGCCGUACCGGUGAAACUAACCGGAGCUUACAGAAAAAUUACUUGGAUUGGAGAACCCAUAAAGACAGAUGCCACUAAAAUUUACUAUGAAAAAGUAGAAAUUGACGGGGAAGAGUUCACAAUAGGAGAAUUCGUUAUGGUUGAGACGACUCAAGCUAAUGUACCGGCUUUAGUCUCACGAAUUGUGUAUAUGUGGAAGGAUACAAACAAUCCUAGCGUCGGUUUCUUCCAUGCUGAAGUGUUUAUUCGAGCGUCUGAUACUGUUUUAGGAGAAGUUGGAGAUCCAAGAGAAGUUUUUCUCGAAAACCGUUGUUGUCACGGUGCUCCCUUGUCAUCAAUUCUUAGAAAAGCCAUUGUGAAUCAGACCACUAUUCCCGACGAUUGGAGCAAUAGAGGCGGGAAUGACGUCGAACAAGAUUUCCACGAAGACGACGGGAAAACGUACUUUUACAGCAAAUAUUACGAAAGGUUCACCGCUCGAUUCCAAGAUAUUCCCCCGGACCCUGUAUGCCCGAACGCAUUGAGAAAACACAGAUUCUGCCCUUCCUGUGAAAGAAAAACGAAACGUGAAGUGAAGGACAUCCCAAAAGUGACAGGAAAGUUAACGGAAAAAUCUGACAACGUGAAAGAGGAGACCCGCUCCGAGUGGACUCUCGUGAAAUGGCAAGACUACGAAUACAAAAAGGGAUGCGGAGUGUUCUUGAAGCCGGGCACAUUCAAACUAAAAAACGGUCUCAAUCACAAACGUGAUGACGUAAAAUUAAAAUUGGAAACCGUAGACGAAGAUAUCUACCCAGAGUACUAUCGUAAGAGCGACAAUAAUUUGCGGGGAUCGAACAUCGACACGAACGAACCGUUCUGCAUCGGACACGUCGUCGCCGUAACCGCCGCCGGCGAAGGCCCUCUCGUCGCUCCGCAAGACAUCUACGUCAAGGUCAACGUCCUGUAUAGGCCCGAAAACACAAACAGCAAAUACCCGCAGCACGAAGACCUCAACCUCGUCUACUGGAGCGAAGAAAUACGAGAAGUGCCUUUCUCCUGUGUCGUCGGUCCCUGUACUUUAUCUUACAUAGAUAACGUACCGCAAACGGAUUCAAUUUACACCUGGCUGGAACAGGACCCUGGCCGGAUUUACUUUAGAAUGUCGUACGACAAGAAAUCUGGGGAGAUCAGAGACGUCCCGCAGUACGCUCGACUCAUCGGGCCGAGUAAAGGCAAGGACAAGGGGAAGGGCAAAGGAAAGUCCAGCAAGCCCGAAUUGCGCGUCGUUAAGCCCGAGGAAGUGAAGGUGCGUCCUCUGAGGACGCUAGACGUGUUCGCCGGUUGCGGCGGCCUAUCGGAGGGGCUCCACCGCUCCGGGGUCGCGGUCUGCAAUUGGGCCAUAGAGAACGUCGAAGCGGCCGCGCACGCCUACUCCCUCAACAAUAAAGACUGCACAGUGUUUAAUGAGGACUGUAACGUUUUGCUCAAAGACGUGAUGUCCGGCGCCACACAUAGCUCCCGUGGGCUGAGACUGCCGUUGAAGGGUGAAGUGGAACUGUUGUGCGGCGGACCACCGUGCCAAGGGUUCUCGGGCAUGAAUAGAUUCAACUCCAGAGAGUACUCAAAUUUCAAAAACUCUCUCGUCGCGUCCUACCUCUCGUAUUGCGAUUAUUACCGCCCGAAAUACUUCAUACUCGAGAAUGUCAGGAACUUCGUUGCGUUCAAAAAGGGGAUGGUGUUGAAAUUGACCCUCAGAGCGUUGUUGGAUAUGGGUUAUCAGUGCACGUUUGGGGUGCUCCAGGCUGGGAAUUACGGGGUACCUCAGACGAGACGAAGGCUCAUAAUACUGGCCGCGGCGCCCGGGUGUAAGUUGCCUUUAUACCCGGAGCCGACGCACGUGUUUAGCCGACGGGCCUGCACUCUCACUACGACGAUAGACGGAAAGCGUUUCGCAUCCAACAUACAGUGGGAUGAUUCAGCUCCGAGGCGGACCUGUACGAUAAAGGACGCCAUGAGCGACCUGCCCCAGAUAUGCAACGGAGCAAAUAAAAUAGAAAUAGAUUACGGGUCAAUGCCUGAGAGUUAUUUCCAACGCUUGGUGAGAAGUAAGGACGAGAAUGCGAGGUUACGAGAUCACAUAUGCAAGAACAUGGCGCCUUUGAUUCAGGCUCGGAUAUCCCGGAUCCCGAACACGCCUGGAUCGGACUGGCGGGAUCUUCCCAACAUUUCUGUCACUUUGUCGGACGGAACUAGGUGCAAGGUUCUUCAAUACCGGUACGAAGACGCCAAGAACGGCCGUUCGUCGACCGGUGGCCUCCGUGGGGUAUGCGCGUGCGCAAAGGGCGGGACCUGCAGCGCAGCGGACAAACAGGAAUGCACUCUCAUACCUUGGUGUCUUCCUCACACCGCUAAUCGGCACAAUAACUGGGCUGGGCUUUACGGUCGUAUAUCAUGGGACGGUUACUUCAGUACGACAGUGACAGACCCAGAGCCAAUGGGGAAACAAGGGCGGGUCCUACAUCCCGAGCAAAACAGAGUUGUCUCGGUCAGAGAGUGUGCUAGGUCACAGGGAUUCCCGGACACAUAUCUCUUCGCAGGGUCAAUACAGGACAAACAUCGACAGGUGGGUAACGCCGUCCCUCCUCCACUCGGUGCUGCGGUAGGAAGGGAGAUCAGAAAAGCUUUAAUAUCAUGA